CAAACCACGUGGGUUCGCCUGAACGCUCCGCCUCUUCUUCACGCCGAUUACAAGGAAAACCUCGGCUGUCAAGGUGAAGGGAUCUUCUAUUCUGUUGUUCGCGCUUCGCACCCAGAUUGCUUCCGCUAUCUCUCUGCCUCGCUCGUUCAGUCCUCGAGCCGCUGUACACUUCUGGCCGCAUUCUCGUAUCUCGUCCUGUUCUUCUUCCUCCUUGAGUUCUGGUUUAUCUUAAUUUGUUGUCUUUUCAUACUUUAGCCCUUCAGAUGGCUGGGCUUUCAGGAUAUAGAGGCCUCACGCCCAAGACAAAGAAUCUGGUCGUAGCUGGAGGCUUGACCGCUUUUGUCUUCGGGGUGUACUUCUAUACCAUGAGAGCUGUUGGAGGUACAGAUGAACUACAGGUAGCCAUAGAUAAGUUUGAACAAGAGAAGAGCCACAGGGAAGCUGAAGCAAACAUUCCUUCAAAAACUUGAGCUUUCUUGCUGGUGUAACCAAACUCAAUGCACUGUGGCUUGUGUAGCACAGCGAAUGCAGCACUUUUGUGGGUAUUUUGUGUUAGGAUUAGGGCUUUCUUUCUUUCUUUCUUUUUUUAAAUAAAGCUAUCCAAUUGAGUUACAUUCGAACAUUGUCAAAGCUCAGAUGAGGGUAAUCCAUUCCACUAGGAUCAAUGCCUGCUGGUAGGAUUGAGGCUUUUUUCAUCAUUUACUUUGUCACAUUUCGUUCCAGCAUGGGAAUAUGAAAAGAAAUUUAAAUAAAGCAGUUAAACAGUAUCAA